GGCGUGAAAGACGUCUUCAGUGGAACCGAUGAUGUUUCUUUUGGGCCAUGCCCCAUGCUUUGGGGCAUCAACCAGAAGGUAAUUGAGCUGGACGACUUGGCCACCUUUAACCUCACGAUUCACUCAUUUCUGCAGGCUCGUCUGGUCACUCUACAGCUUGGCUCGGCAAACAGCCCUCAAUUGGCCAAAGCUGUGCGCCAAAAACGUCUUCCUCACGUGGUCGAGCGCUGA